GUCGGCUUUCACCAUUAAUCGCGGGGAUGUGUUGACAGCGAGAGGCGACGGACGGACACUUUUACUCGUGUAAAUGCAUGACACGGCCAUGUGAAGGCACGUUUUACGGCUCGGAGACAAAUAACCCCCCGCCCCCUCUCCACGACCCGAUCGUCUGUGGAGCAAAGACGACGUUACGAGGCCGAGGAGAAAGCAAAGGUUCACUGAUGGAACUCCCAGCCGCUGCUAGGUGGAGAAAACGCCAGGGUGGACUCGUAAUGAAUAAUUAAAAAAAACAACAACAAGCAUCUGCUGCUGCAAAAUAAAAAAGAUGCAUCUGCACCAGGUGCUGACGGGAGCCGUGAACCCCGGAGAUUGCUGCUACUCGGUGGGAAGCGUGAAUGACGUGCCGUUCACGGCCUACGGUUCAGGUUGUGAUGUAGUGAUCUUGGCUAGCGACUUCGAGUGUGUGCAGAUAAUCCCAGGAGCUCAGAAUGGGAACAUCCAGGUGGGCUGUGUGGAGUGCUCCCAUCAGCUUGGAAGGAUUGCUGCAUCCUACGGAAACACAGUCUGCAUCUUUGAACCACUCUCUACCAACCCAAAUAAACGCCACAAGCAUCUUAACUGUCAGUGGCAAAAGACAGGGCAGUUCUUCCUUGAUGCCAUCACCUACAACCUGGCCUGGGAUCCACAGGGGAACCGUAUUCUAGCAGCAACUGAGAAACUCCAGCUGUGGGCUCCACCGCUGGCAGAUGCCCUAAUUGAGGAGGAGGAUGGCCAGAUGACUGAGGACAAACCCCAUCCAGUUCUCAAUGACUGGAACUGUGUAUGGCAGUGCAAGACUGCUGCAUCUGUGCACGUAGCCAAAUGGUCACCUGAUGGAGAGUACUUUGCAACAGUUGGGAAGGAUGACUGUUUACUUAAGGUGUGGUAUCCCACCACUGGCUGGCGUUCUGCAGUGGUAGUCCAGGACCCUUCUGAUAAAAAGCCCCCUGCUGUCCACUUCUCUUUUGUUUACCUGGCACAUCCCCGUUCGGUCACUGGUAUGUCCUGGAGGAAGACCAGCAAGUACAUGUCCAAGGGUUCGGUGUGCAAUGUUUUGCUGACAUCCUGUGAGGAUGGCGUGUGCAGGCUGUGGUCUGAGACCCUGCUACCAGAGGACAGCUUGCUUGGUGGGCAGAUAUCUGAGAACACACACUCAUUUAGCUCCAGCUUGCCAGGCUUGGCAGGCAAUAAGGACAAGAUUCAGCAUGCUUUAGAGUCAAUUCACCACCUGAAGCAUCUGCGCCGGGGAAGGCGACGGUCAUCUGCUCUGGUAGCUCACAGUGAGCUGCUACCCUCUCAGCUUGGCACACAGGACGCACACACUCACCGCCACAUUGCACAUCAUGCCAAUGCUUUGUGUCACUUCCACAUCUCAGCCAGCAUUAACCCCAACACAGACAUCCCAUCAGUGCUGGCAGAUUCUACAUUGUUCAACACAGAUGAUGGCACAGGGGCAGGAGGAUUUGUAGUUCACUGGCUCAAUAAUAAGGACCUAAGCUUUACCUCCUCUAUGGAUGUUUUUAUGCUACAGCUCCGUAAGCUCUCUGAACAGCAGCUUGACAAUGUCACAGAAUAUACCAUUGACCCUGAGGGAUCCCCUAUAAAGUUUGACUUUGACCUGGAUGAGGUGUCUGACAAGGCCUCAUCUGAGCUUGGAGAGGAGCAAGAGCCAGGGGAGCAGGGAAGUACAAAGGCAUCUUCCCCAGGAUCCAGCUCCAGCUUGCCUUUGCCCUCAAUGCUGCUGGAGAGGAAAAUGGAGAUUCUAACCACAGAAUGGAACAAGAGUCCCGACAUGCUUUUCACAAUCCACCCAACUGAUGGCUCUUUCCUGGUUUGGCAUGUCAAGUACUUGGAUGAAUUCAACCAAGGCAUCUUUAGACAGGUUCAGGUGUCCUUCUCCUCGCGUAUACCAGUGGCAUUUCCAACAGGUGAUGCCAACUCACUGAGUAAAAACAUCCUGAUGUACGCCUGUACUUUGACGGAAAUGGAGAGUUCCAGGACAGGCGCGCAGGGCCAGAUGGUUCAACAUGUCUCCCACUCUGCCUCAGCCUCAGCUGGCCUUGGUUCACCUCUUAUGACACCUUCUAACCCUAAACCUGGCAUUAGUCCAGCUGUCAUGAUGGUUUCCAAGCAUGUUGAUGGAUCUCUCAACCAGUGGGCUGUAACAUUUGCUGAGCUUUCUGCAUUCUCAAAUGUACUGACCGUAUCACACAAGUUUCGCUAUUGUGGCCACCGUUUCCAUCUGAAUGACCAAGCCUGUCAUACAGUGCUGCCAUUGCUGCUCACCUCUUCACACCAUAAUGCACUCCUCACGCCUCCCUCGGCUCCUGGCAGCAUGGAAGAAGAACAACUUCCCACCGUUCCCAUAUCAAAGGGACUUCCUAGGAAGCAGCUUCGUAAUGCAGCAACAAGGACCUUCCAUGACCCCAAUGCCAUAUAUAGUGAGCUUAUCUUGUGGCGAGUGGACCACAUUGGACCCCUGUCAUGCACUGGAGGGGUCUCUGAACUGGCCCGUAUCAACUCUCUACACACCUCUGCUUUUAGCAAUGUUGCCUGGUUACCUUCACUUGUCCCCAGCUCUGUACUUGGAACUUACUGUAAUAGUGCAAGCGCCUGCUUUGUGGCAUCAGAUGGUAAGAAUCUACGCCUCUACCAAGCUGUUGUGGAUGCCAGAAAACUACUAGAUGAACUGUCAGACCCAGAAACAUCUAAACUAGUAGGAGAAGUAUUCAACAUCGUCAGCCAGCAGUCCACCGCCAGACCUGGAUGUAUUAUAGAGCUGGAUGUCAUUACAAACCAGUGUGGUGCCAACACUCAGCUACUGCAUGUUUUCCAAGAGGAUUUCAUUUUAGGUUAUAAACCUCAGAAGGAACCAGAAACACACACGACUACCUUUCCAUCUAGUGAAGAUUACCAACCUCCCCCUUUUUCGGAGAAGUUCUUUUUGGUGGUGAUAGAAAAGGAUCUCAACAGGAACUCUGUGCUACAAAUGUGGCACCUGCACCUACAGUCUGUCCAGGCUUGUGUUGACGAUCUCAGCCAAGAUUAUGGCUUCCAGAGCCAGCUAAUGGUUCCCAAUCAAGUUAUGAAUGUCGACUCAUCUCCAGAAACCUCACCUAUCAGGCCUCUGCCCCGCUCAGCCUCCACGGCCAACUUGCAAUCAGCUAGCAAACUCAUCCUUAGUUCCAAACUGGUAUACAGCAAACGACUCGACUUGCCCCAUGGUGUGGAGGUUACCAGAGCCACACCUUCUGCUGGUCAUCUCAGUUCCUCCUCCAUUUACCCAGUUUGUCUGGCUCCAUAUCUGAUUGUUACCACCUGCUCGGACUCUCGAGUGCGGUUUUGGUGCUGUGCUGUAGAGGGGGCUGACGGUGAUGGUGACAAUGACCAGGACAUGCGGUUCUACCGCUGGGAGCCGUGGGAUCUAAUGAACGAGGAGGAAGACAAUAACAGUGCUGUGUUGGUGUCAGGGCGGCCUGUUGCUGUGUCUUGCUCCUACAUUGGUAGGCUGGCUGUGGCUUUUAAACAACCACGCCAAGGACAGAUUUCUAGGGAGGAGUUCUCCAUGCAUGUGUCUAUUUAUGAGUGUGAAUCUACUGGUGGCUCAGAGUGGGUCUUGGAGCAAACUCUUCACUUGGACGACUUCAACAGACCCUCAUCAACCCUGGACCCGAGAGUCAGCGUGGACUCCAACCUCUUUGUCUACAGCAGAUCUGACCUGUACAUGUGCCGAGACCACAACUCGCCUAACAUCAAGCACUAUGUCCACCUGGACUGGUUGUCAAAAGAAGACGGAUCACACAUUCUCACUGUGGGAGUUGGAUCCAACAUUCUGAUGUACGGUAGAAUCUCUGGCAUGGUCAACGAACAGACGAGCAGCAAAGAAGGUGUGGCUGUCAUCACACUUCCUCUAGGGGGCAGUAUUAAACAGGGGAUCCGCUCUCGCUGGAUCCUGCUCCGGACCGUGGACCUGCUGUCCUCUGUGGAUGGCACGCCUUCUCUACCAGUCUCAUUGUCCUGGGUGAGGGAUGGCAUCUUAGUGGUGGGAAUGGACUGUGAGAUGCAUGUGUAUGCCCAGUGGCACCAGGACAAGAAGCCUGGUGAGGGAGAAGAGGGCAACUUGUCUUCUGCAGACAUUGCCGGAGGUCAUACCACAGCUUCUUCUUCAGUUUUUGAAGGGAGAGUGAGAUCUAAGAGUGUUUUCGAAGGGAGCACCGCAGUAGAUGAGGCACUACGUGCUCCAGCAGGACUUGAAGAGGGUGGACUUUUUGAGGCAGCUCAUUCCUUGUCUCCAACUCUACCCCAGUAUCAUCCCACCCAGCUCCUUGAACUCAUGGAUUUGGGAAAGGUUCGUCGUGCCAAGGCCAUUCUCGCUCAUUUGGUGAAGUGUAUUGCUGGAGAGGUCGCUGUGGUAAGAGACGUAGAGGCAGGUGAAGGAGGAGCCAGAAGACAUCUGUCCCGAACCAUCAGUGUGACUGGCAGCACCGCAAAAGACACUAUAGUAGCUGGUCGUGAUGGAGGACGGGACUACACCGAAAUCAACUCCAUCCCCCCACUCCCUCUUUAUGCACUCAUGCUGGCCGAUGAAGAUACUUCCUUCAAAGGAGCAGAAGAAGCUGUCAAAGGACCCAAGGUGGCCAAUGGUGAGGCAGGACAGAAGUCUACCGAGGACCAAUAUUCUGACCUAUUUCAGUUGGCAACAGUCACUACAGAUGACUUUGUGAACUUUGCAACUGACAAACCAGAAAAGAAGUCCCGCGUUAUCAACCUUUCCCAAUAUGGUCCUUCCUACUUUGGACCAGAGCAUGCACAGGUGUUGUCCAGUCACCUUAUGCACUCCAGCCUCCCUGGACUGACCCGACUGGAGCAAAUGUUCUUGGUGGCCCUGGCUGACACUGUAGCAACCACCAGUGCUGAAGUCACCAGCUCCACUGACCAACAGUAUACAGGAGGCGAGGCUUUGGAUGAAUGUGGACUAAGGUACCUGCUGGCCAUGCGUCUUCAUACUUGUCUUCUCACCUCCCUGCCCCCACUCUAUCGCAUGCAACUUCUCCACCAGGGUCUGUCAACGUGCCACUUUGCCUGGGCCUUCCACUCUGAGGCUGAGGAGGAGCUGCUCAACAUGAUCCCAGCCAUGCAGAGAGGUGACCCACAGUGGUCUGAACUCCGGGCCGUAGGUGUCGGUUGGUGGAUACGCAACAUCAACACCUUGCGGAAAAUUGUGGAAAAGUUGGGCAAAGCUGCAUUCCAGAGGCACAACGACCCUUUAGAUGCUGCUCUGUUCUACCUGGCCAUGAAGAAAAAGGCUGUACUUUGGGGCCUCUUCAGGUCCCAGCAUGAUGAAAAGAUGACUCAAUUCUUCAAGAACAAUUUCAGUGAAGACCGCUGGCGAAAAGCAGCUCUAAAAAAUGCUUUCUCCCUGCUGGGAAAGCAACGCUUUGAACAGUCGGCCGCCUUCUUCUUGCUAGCUGGAUCACUCAAAGACGCCAUUGAGGUGUUGAUGGAGAAGAUGGAGGAUCUCCAGUUAGCCAUCAUAGUGGCAAGGCUUUAUGAAGCAGACUUUGAAAGCUCGCCCACCUGCCAAGGCCUCCUUUAUGAGAAGGUUCUUGGUUGUAACAGGGACGGGAGCGGUUACCACUGUUCUAGACUUCACCCUGACCCGUUCUUGCGCAGUAUUGCAUACUGGAUCAUGAAGGAUUUUACCCAAGCCCUGGACACACUCUUAGAGCGCAUCCCCAAAGAUGAUGAUGAUAACUCUGAUGUCAUGGUCAAAUCUUGCAACCCUGUGGUGUUCAGUUUCUACAACUAUCUAAGAACACGCCCUCUCAUUAUCCGGCGCCACUUUGCAAGUUCUGAGGGUACAGCAGCAACUGUGGGUUUCACUGCUGAAAAGAGCAGUGCAGAUGAGAUCAACCUCAUAGAGCGCAAAUUGUUCUUCACCACUGCUAAUGCUCAUUUCAAGGUGGGCUGCCCAGUUUUGGCCCUGGAGGUGCUCUCUAAGAUUCCCAAAGUUACCAAGAAAUCUGGCUCAUCUCUCAGCAAAGCUUCCUCCAAGGCUAAUGUAAACUCAACCGAGCCACUGGAACAGAGCACAGGUUUGGACUGGGCUUCUGCUGCCUCUGCAUGGGGUGGAAAUGAAAGUGCAGGAGGCCUGGACUGGAGCCAACCUGAGCUCAAAAUGCAGGACAAUGAGCUGCAGCUGGACUGGGGUGAUGAUAAGGAAGAAGAAGAAGAUGAUGAUGAUGACUGUCUAACUAUGAAGAAACUUGAAACUGAAACUGAAAAAAAAUUGGAAGGAACCUCUGAAUCCAAACAAAGAGAUGACUCACAGGGUGAGUCUGAGGUAGAUGUGAUAGCUGAGCAGCUGAAGUUCCGCGCCUGUCUGAAAAUCCUAAUGACAGAGCUUCGCACUCUAGCCACCGGCUUUGAGGUAGAUGGAGGGAAACUUCGUUUUCAGCUCUACAGCUGGCUGGAAAAGGAGAUUGCUGCCAUGCAUAACAUAUGUAACUACAAGGUAGAAGGAAAGGAGGAGCCGUCAGAGGCAGAGCACUGGGCAGAGCGAGCAGCAUCGGUGGACAUAUCAGAUGACAUGUUGGAGAGAAUUGACGCUGGAGCCUAUGAGCGUCACCAAAUGGAACGCCGUCGUCUUCAAGCUAAGCAGCAGCACUCAGAGAGGCGCAAGGCUUGGCUGAGAAAGAACCAGGCCCUUCUGAGGGUCUUCCUUUCUUACUGCAGCCUUCAUGGAGCCAAGGGAGGCGGAGUAACCUCUGUGCGGAUGGAGCUUCUGUUCCUUCUUCAGGAAAGCCAACAGGAGAUCACAGUGAAACAGCUGCAGUCUCCCCUCCCUCUACCAACCACCUUGCCUCUGCUGUCAGCCUGCAUUGCGCCCACUAAGACAGUUAUAGCCAACCCUGUGCUUCACCUCAGCAACCACAUUCAUGAUAUCCUCCACACCAUCACCCUCAUGGAACUUCCACCACAUCCAGACAUCAAAGAUGACCGGGUAAAUACCCUACACACACUAGCAGCUUCUCUGUCUGCUUGCAUUUAUCAGGCACUGUGUGACAGCCAUAGUUACAGCAGCCAGACAGAGGCCAACCAGUUUACUGGCAUGGUGUACCAGGGCCUGUUGCUCAGUGAGAGGAAACGACUCCGCACAGAAAGCAUAGAGGAACAUGUAACUCCCAACUCAGCUCCUGCCCAGUGGCCAGGUGUAUCGUCCCUGAUUUCAUUGUUGACGUCUGCCAGGGAGGAGGACCAGCCGAGGCUCAAUGUGCUGUUGUGCGAGGCAGUCAUGGCUGUUUAUCUAGCCUUGCUCAUCCAUGGCCUGGGCACUCACAACAGCAAUGAACUAUUUCGCCUUGCAGCUCAUCCUCUCAACAACCGCAUGUGGGCCGCCGUCUUUGGAGGAGGAGCAAAAGUAGUUAUUAAGCCUAAGAGGCCUGAUGCACCACCAGUGAUGCUCCCUCAGCCCCCUGCAGAGGAUGUGGAUCGAUACAGGCGCAGAUUUAACAUGAGGAUGUUGGUUCCUGGACGCCCCGUAAAGGAGACACCAGCAACCCCACCACCUGUGCCCAUAGAGAGACCCGCAUACAGGGAAAAGUUCAUUCCUCCAGAGCUCAGCAUGUGGGACUAUUUUGUGGCCAAACCCUUCCUGCCGUUGUCAGAUAGCAACACUUUGUGCGACUCUGAUGAAAGUGGAGCAGAGGAGGAUGAUGAUGAUGAUGAUGCCUUCCUUUCUGACACACAGAUGACUGAGCACUCAGACCCCAACUCCUACAGCUGGGCUCUUAUCCGCCUGGUCAUGGUUAAGCUGGCUCAUAACUGCAUUAAGAAUUUUCUGCCUAUCACUGGCCUCGACUCUGCAGACUUGCCAGUCACUUCGCCUCCUACCAAUGCUGUGUUGAAGACCCUGGAGAACUGGGAACAGCUUUUAUUGGAGCCAAUGAAUAAAUUUGAUGGACCACCUCCCAAUUACAUUAACACUUACCCUACUGACCUCAGUGCUGGAGGUGGUCCUGCCAUACUGCGGCACAAGGCCAUGUUGGAGCCAGACAACACUCCUUUCAAAACAAAGAAUCACCAGUCUUUUCCAGCCCGACGCCUGUGGCAUUUCCUGGUCAAACAAGAGGUUCUCCAAGAGACUUUAAUUCGUUAUAUCUUCACCAAGAAAAGGAAGCAGAGCGAGUCUUUAGAGAACCAUAUGGACCAUGUAAGCCCAAACUGCAUAGCUGGAGCUAGCAGUCUCAAUAAGGUGGAGGCAGAUCUGGGAUACCCAGGAGGCAAAGCAAAAAUAAUUCACAAGGAGUCUGACAUAAUCAUGGCAUUUGCAAUCAACAAGGCUAACUCGAAUGAAAUAGUGCUGGCCUCCACCCACGAUGUCCAGGAGGUGGACGUGUCUACGCUUGUGGCUGUGCAGCCCUACACCUGGAUAGGGGAUGAUUUUGAUAAAGAGUCACGCAGCUCUGAUGACAUUGACUGCCGCUCAUCUCACACCAACAUUGCCCAGGCCAGUUCUGUCCCAUUUGCACCACCACAGAUGCCCGUCUCUGCAUCAAUGCCAUGGCUUGGCAGUGGGCAGACAAGCAUGGGAGCCAGCGUGAUCAUGAAGAGGAAUCUAAAUAAUGUCAAGAGAAUGACAUCCCAUCCCAUAUAUCAGUAUUACAUGACAGGGGCCCAGGAUGGCAGUGUGAGAAUGUUUGAAUGGAACAGACCUCAGCAGCUCAUCUGCUUCAGACAAGCAGGCAACGCUCGAGUCACUCGACUCUAUUUCAACUCCCAGGGCAACAAAUGUGGAGUCGCUGACGGUGAGGGAUUCCUCAGUCUGUGGCAAGUCAACCAGACAUCCUCCAACCCAAAACCCUACCUGAGUUGGCAGUGCCACACAAAGACCUGUGGAGAUUUUGCUUUCAUCACAUCCUCGAGUCUCAUUGCCACAGCCGGACAAUCCAAUGAUAACAGAAAUGUGUGUUUGUGGGACACUCUGAUUUCACCCAGCAAUACUAUGGUCCACGCCUUUCCUUGUCAUGAGAACGGGGCCACUGUGCUGCAGUAUGCUCCUAAACAGCAGCUGUUGAUCACUGGAGGCAGAAAGGGGUUUGUGUGCGUGUUUGACAUCCGACAGAGACAGCUGCUCCACACUUUCCAAGCCCAUGACUCCGCCAUUAAGGCUCUUGCUCUGGACGCCUUCGAGGACUUCUUUGUCACUGGCUCGGCAGAGGGCAACAUGAAGGUGUGGAAGCUAGCUGGCCACGGGCUCAUGCACUCUUUUGGCAGCGAACACGCUAAACAGUCCAUCUUCCGCAACAUCGGCGCCGGAGUGAUGCAGGUGGAAACCCGGCCCGGUAACCGCAUCUUUACCUGUGGGGCGGACGGCACCCUGAAGAUGAGGGUCCUCCCUGACCGUUACAACAUCCCCAGCAACUUGGUUGAUAUCCUGUAAAUUCUGCUUUCACUUUUGCGCGCCCAAAGAGGGAAUAGGGGAAAAAAAGAAUCACAAAAGCUUAUGUAACACUUGCAAGGCUUUAAGAGUGUAAUAGAUGGGGAAAGAGCUGGUCAAAAGAAUACCUUACUUUUGGCAUCUUUCAGUGUUCAUAAGUAAACCGUUGAUUAUAUCUUAAGUGACAGAGCUGCAAAUAUUAGUUUCCCAAAGGCUGAAAGCAAAGGUAACAUACUUGAUUUUAAAGCUAGAUUUUAUUGUCAUUUUAUUGAAGAAUCGCUACUCUUAGAGCGUUUUCAUAGAGAAGCUAUGCAUGUCCUGUUCUCGUUACGCGGUGCAAUCACAGGUCUAUUGAUAGUGCUCUGUAAAAGUGCUCUGGCAAAACUUUUAAAAUUGUGUAACUGUCGUCAUUUUGUGCCCACUUAGCAUCUACUGUAAGCAGCACUGUGGUUUGUUCUUAAAUCAGUGGUAUCCAAGUGUGAAUCAAGUUGUUGGACAUUUUCUUUUUAUGGUUUUUAAACUCCUUCUUUUAUGCCUGGCUUUUUAUCAGUCCUUAUGGAAGAGUUGAUGGUGCAUUGCUCCUAUAGUGACAUCCCCCACCCCACUGUCACAGACCACCCCAGUAACACACACGGACCUGUCUGGUUUUGGCUUUUGUGUCUGUCUGUGUUCACUUUCCUGUGUCUGCCCUCCUACCUGCCUCCAAAUGCCUGUUUGUGUGGCAGCAUCACUGCUAGAACAUUCCUGUUUGGGAAGAUGUAUUUUAAUCUUGUGACUGUGAUUUCAGUGUUUCCAUCUGUCUGGUACCAUUAAGCCGCCACAAAGACCCCGCGCUCCUCCCUUCUAGUUUUGCACAAAAUGAUGUCUUGUCUUUUUCUUCCUUAGUUUUUUUUAAAAAUUGUAUUAUUUAAAUUAUUUGUGUUUGUUUCGUUGACCAUUCCUUUGUGAAACCGUUUAAGUGAAUGCCUUUUAUUUUAGGAAUGUAAGGGGUUUGACUUUACUUGACUGGGAGACGUGCAACACAGUUUGUUGUGUGUAAGUGUGUGUUACCUUGCUAGUUUGUACUGGUUUAUUUAUAAAGAACAGAUAUUUGCACUCAAAUUAUGGAGACACUAAAGGUUUUAUUUCAAAUAAAUGGGUUAUUGAGGAAUAAUCUGUUAAAUACGAAUGAAUGUCUUGCUGUAUUUGGCCUAAUAGUCAAAUGUUUAAAAUUGUUUUAAUAUAUAAAUAUAUAUAAAUAUAUGAAAUAUCACAGCAGCUUGUACAAACAUGAAAGCAUUUGUUUAUUUUUGGUUUGUAUCAUACCAGCUGAAUUAGUUUACUUUUUGUUAGAUGUAUGUAAGGUAUUUAUUAAACAAAUUUGUGUUUGGCUCCCCCCUUUCCGCCCACUAUGUGUAUUGUUCGUGUUCUACCAGUGGCCCUACUGGUGCCUCGUGUGUGUGUGAGUGUGUGUGCAUGCAACACAAAACUAGUAUCCUGGACAGGUGCUUACAAGAGUGCUGAUGCCAGAAAGAAAGAACAGGUUGUGGUGGGAGAUUUACCUUUGUAAAGUGAAUAAAUUAUUUUUAUUUCA